CUUAACUUUGCUUCCUGAAACUCUUGCUUGCCCUGCUAUCCAUUGAUCCGCACACGCACGCACGCACGCACGCACGCCCGCACGCCCGCACGCGCAGCCUCCAAGAUGCCGGGACGAACUCUCCCGACUCUACCAUCAUCAGAAGUCUCCUCCCACAACACCGAAAAGUCAUGCUACGUGACGGUCGGCACCAAAGUGUACGAUAUCACUCCAUUCUUGGAGGAUCACCCUGGUGGUGGUGAUUUGAUCCUGGAAUAUGGCGGCAAGGACGUCAAAGAGAUUAUGGGGGAUGAAUUAUCGCAUGCGCACAGCGAAUCUGCCUGGGAAAUCAUGGACGAUCACCUGAUCGGCUUUGUGGCGACGGAGAAAGUAUUGGAUGCGGCUAUGAAGAGCAAGGAUCCUUUCAGUAUCUUGCCGAUGGAGCCCACAGUCACGGGCAUGGACGAGCUUGACAAGGCGGACACCGGAGCCGUGGAAGACGUGACAGCGAGACAAGAAGUGGAAGCUCAUGGCGCAGGAGAGGGUAAAGCAGUAUAUGAAUCAACAGGCUUGAGCUCAGAGGAGGACUUGAGCAAAGAAACCGACCUCACGCAAGACUACAAGAAGCACAAGUUCCUCGACCUCAACCGCCCACUAUUGAUGCAAGUAUGGAAUGGCGGAUUCACCAAGGCCUUCUAUCUCGAGCAAGUCCAUCGCCCGCGUCACUACAAGGGCGGCGAUAGCGCGCCCUUGUUUGGCAAUUUCCUUGAGCCGCUUUCGAAGACGCCGUGGUGGGUGGUACCUACGGUCUGGGUGCCUCCAGUAGCGUACGGUACAGUGCUGGCCGCCCAGCACUUGAGCCCUAUUGCACUUGGACUGUACUGGGUCACUGGCCUUUGCAUCUGGACAAUUGUGGAGUACGGACUGCAUCGAUGCUUGUUCCACAUCGACAACUACCUACCGGAUAACAGGGUGGCCUUGACUCUCCAUUUCCUGCUUCACGGCAUUCACCACUAUCUCCCCAUGGACAGGCUGCGACUUGUCAUGCCGCCCACGCUUUUCUUGGUCCUGGCCACGCCUUUCUGGAAGCUGGCGCACACGGUCUUCUUCUACAACUGGUAUGCCGCAGUGGCGGUGUAUUGUGGCGGCAUCUUCGGAUACAUCUGCUAUGAUCUCACCCAUUACUUCCUACACCACAAGAAACUGCCGUCCUUCUACCAAGAAUUGAAGAAAUACCAUCUCCAACACCAUUUCAUGGAUUAUGAGAACGGUUUCGGUGUCACGAGUCGCUUCUGGGACCGAAUCUUCGGUACAGAGCUGCCACCACCUCCGCAGCCAAAGGUGCUCAAGACGACUUGAGGGCACUGCACAGCAUCACAAAAAAUCACAGCAUGAGAUGAUGAAGCAGCAUGGCAUUAGAUACCUAGUAGCGUUGGGCGUUCGGGGCACAUGAUACCACCACAGCAAGUGUUAAUUGUAGAUAUUAAGACAUCACUUGGUAAUAAUGAUACCUAACAGU